CGCUGCAUUGCAUGCCCAGCUAUCCUCGCCAUCAAUCUUCUCCAUGGCAGCUCAAGAAUUGCUUCAAGAAUUGCUUCUGGCCGGUGUUCCCUCGACAGAUUGGCGGGCCCCGUCCUCUUUGAAAGGAGCUUGCUGCACAAUCCUUCCCUGCUUGCCCUUCUUGGGACAGCAAGCUCCCAGCUUGUGAUUCCGCCUGUGGCACUCCGGAAACCGCAGCAUGCAUAGCUGACGAUUCAUCCUGCAUCAGGAAGGUUGCAUUCACCUGGGAUAAAGCAGCGACUGGGGCUCUUAUCAUUCCAAUCUGGUUAUACAUACCUCAGACAUGCAAGUGGCCCCCAUGCUUGAUUCAAAAGCAGGAAUGUGAACUUCGAGCAGAGAGCUGAUUGCGAUGUAAGUACCCUGUGGAUCAAACUCAACAGGGCUUAUAACUUUCCAGAUUUUAAAAUGGCCCUCAUGCAAAGCGUAGGUCGAUCCGUCAGCAGCAGGCUGGGCAUCCUGACUGGAAGACAAGCGCUUCAAUCAACAAGAUGGAUCGCGGGCCCAGCAAUGGACCUCUGCAAAGUAGAUCUGCCCAGACGCAUGACACUCCAAAACUCAAGCGUCUCUGAAGGCAGCCAGACUUUCAAGCUGGCGUCAACAAGCUUCUGUAGCUCGUUCCCUGGACCUUUAAGCGAAGAAAACGGUUUGCCGUCAACCAGUUCCUCUGUGUUCAAGCCUCCAACACGUCCACUUCCUGCCUCCACACCAGGACUGUUCGUGUCACAAGCAGACGCGAGUUACCUCUCUCGCUUUUCAUCCUACCAAUUCUCAACUUCCCUAGCUCAUACACAGCCCUCCCAAGUCUCAGCAUUUCACACCACGCCAGUCCCAGCUCAGGAGAUACAGCCUGAGCAUAGGGGUGCAGCAAAUGCUACAGAGAAGAGCGUCACAGGAGAGCCGACCGGCACCCUCGGUCCCACAAGGGCCAAUCAAAAGCCGCGGCUAGUAAUCCUUGGAACGGGAUGGGGGGGUUGCCGGCUGGCGAAAGAUUUGGACACACGAUACUGGGACAUUGUGGUCAUCUCACCUCGGAACCACAUGGUGUUCACUCCUCUCCUCGCCAGCACAUGCGUGGGCACCCUGGAAUUCCGUUCCGUGGCAGAACCAAUCCGCUCCAUCAAGCCGGCGGUCGGAAAGCUGCCCGACUCCUACUUCUUCCUGGCCAAGGCUACUGCAGUCGACGAAAAGAACCACGAGGUGCUGUGCGAGGCGGUAACAGACAAGCCGGACGAGCGGUGGACGUUUCGCGUGGCGUAUGAUAAGCUGGCGGUGGCCACGGGGGCCGAGGCGACGACGUUUGGGAUCAAGGGGGUCUGGGAGCACGCCAUCUUCUUACGCGAGGUUGGAGAUGCGAUGGCGAUCCGGCGGAAGCUGCUCUUGAACCUGGUCCAGAGCGACAUGCCGGGCCUUCCCCCGGCGGAGAAGCAGCGGCUGUUGCACGUGGUGGUGGUCGGGGGAGGGCCCACCGGGGUCGAGUUCAGCGGCGAGCUCAGCGACUUCAUCCGGACGGACGUGAAGCGCAAGUUCAGCCACGUCAAGGAUGACAUCAGGGUGACGCUCAUCGAGGCUCGGGAGAUUCUGAACACGUUCGACGUUCGGCUGCGCGAGUAUGCGACCGCGCAGCUGCGCCGGGCGGGAGUGGAGCUGCGGCAAGGGACGGUCAAGGAGGUGAGCGACAAUCACAUCACGCUCAACGACGGCACGACGGUGCCUUACGGUGUCCUGGUGUGGUCCACCGGGGUCGGGCCUAGUCAGCUCGUGAAGGGGCUACCGUUCGAGAAGUCGCCCCGGGGGAGACUCGCCGUAGACACUCGGCUCAAAGUGGUGGGCGCGCAAGACGUGUACGCUUUGGGAGACUGUGCGGGGUACGCCGGUAACACGGGAUUGGCGGAACUGCCGGCGUUAGCACAGGUGGCUGAGCGGCAGGGCAAGUACUUAGCCCGCGCUCUGAACGACUUGGGCCGGCAAGGGCUGGGCCGGCGGGGCGGCGCGCAGCCGCAGACGGAGCACGCCGAGUUCGUGUACCACCACCUGGGGAGCAUGGCAUCGGUCGGAUCGUACAAAGCGCUCGUCGAUCUGCGGCACGGCUCAAAGGGUCCUCUGUCCCACCUCACACUGACGGGCUUCAAGAGCUGGUUCAUCUGGCGCUCCGCCUACCUGACACGUGUCGUCAGCUGGAGAAACAGGCUGUACGUGGCGGUCAACUGGGCGACCACCUUUUUGUUCGGGAGAGACAUCUCCAGAAUAUAGAUCACGUGCCUGGGUGCUUCUGCAGAGGCCAUGGGAAUUCCAAAGGUCCCGUUCAAUUUUGGACAGAAAAGCUGGAACUGUGGAAUCGCACGCCUGCAUGUGAUUGCUUUUUUCUGAACUCGAUCAAUACUGUAAAUAGGUUACCUAACAUGCAUAACUAUUGAAAGUAUUUCAGGAGCGUCCUCCCCGGCCGCCAUCGUAUAGGGGACGGCCCUUAAAAGAGCCUAAUAGACUUCAGAGAAAAAUUCACCUCUGUGCCAGAUUCGGUCGGACAGUCGCUUCUCGAACCUGGAACUCGGAAGCCUACAGUACAGGCCAAACUUCGAUAGACAAUCGAUGUGACUUGUAUGUGGACGCGCCCAGUCACCGUACGUCAUGCAAUUAUUAAUUGAAUUGCUAGCAGCUAGCUAUACUAUGAUAGGCUGAAAUCUGCAAUUAGCAUUUCUGCAGAAAUUGAGCGGCCGGCCCCCGAGUCGACUUGGAACCCGGGCCU